AUGGUCCUGACCGGCAACGUGACCCUCGCGCCGCACCCGGCCCUGCCCCGCGGGGGCUUUAACCUAACGCGGCCGGUUGUCCUCCUGGGCCAGGACGGCGCCACCACCGGCAUCGACUUCGGCGGCAAGAUCAACUUGAUCCGGCUGUCCGGCUAUGGCAACCUGACGUUUGACUCGCUGGCGCUGGACAACCUGUUUCCGGGGGACGAGGUGUCCAUGGAGGGAGUCAGCGGCCUGUCGGCCACCAUGGCGUAUGCUGUCUACGCUGUGAAGUGGCACCGCGACGACAGGCGGAUGUUCGUGGUGCGCUGCACCAUGGCGGUGCCGGACCAGGCCCAGAUCGAGCGGCUCAAGUUUUUCUUUGCCAUAUUCAACUCUGUCGACCCCGAGCUGCGGAAGCAGGCGGAGUGGAUGCGCAGCGGACCGCGCAGCGCCGUCUCCCAGAUAUCGGUGGACCAGCGGCCGGGGGUGCACAUCGUACUCUUCAUAAACAAGGCCGUGGCCUACAAGGACACCUAUGUCCAGGCCGCCAACGUGGUGGCGCCCCGCAUCCCCUUCAACGCGUCAGCCAGCGUCUUCACGGCGGCAGAGAAGGCGGCGGAGGCGGUCGGCAGCCCGCUGGACGUGCCCCCCAUCACGGGCAUGCUCAAGGGGCCUCAGGAUCUGCUGUCCAAGUUUCCUCUCACCAGGCCGACAACGAUCCUGAUAGUGCCGCCCCAGGGCACAGACCUGUCACCCAGCCCGGCAAACGGCUGGCCGCCGCCGGGCGGCCUCGUCGUCACCCCCGGCCCCGUGCCCAACUCGCUGCUGUUCAUGGGUGACAUCCCCACCAACACCACGCCCGCGCCGCCCGGGGCGCCGCCGCAGCCGCCGCGGCCGGGCGCGGUGCCGGUGCACCCGCCGCUGUGGUUUGGGUGGGAGACGAACCUCAUCGUCGUACCGCCGCAGUCGCCGAACAGCGUGCAGCUCAGGGGGCUGUCGCUGCUCGAGCUGCUGUUGGUCCCGGGCCUCGAGCUGCGCCACAUCCGCCGGCUGGCGGAGCGGGGGCCCAGCUUCGACAUCCCCUUGCAGGGCGGCCGCGCGCUGCUGUUUAGGGGGGCGGCGCCCGUGGGCGAGGGCUCAGUGUUUGUGCAGUCGUACCAGGGCGCCGGCCUGGCCGGCUCGAGGCUGCUUUUCACAGAGGACAGGGCGCCGCAGCCGCCAGGCUACAACUGGCCCGAAUCUGGGGGCGGCCCGGCCGCGGCCGCGGCCGCCCGCCUGCCGACCUGGGCAUCGGCCGUGAUAGGGGUGUGCGUCGCCGCCGCCGCGGUGGGGCUGCUGCUGUGCGUGCUGCUGCCGCUGCUCGCGGCGCGGCGCCGCAGGGCGCGGCGGCAGCGGUUGCUUGGCGGCGGGUCUGAGGUGAAGGAAGUGUCAAGCUCUGGCGGCGCUCGGGUCGCCGGCAGCAAAAGCAGCGGCGGCGCGGACGGCUGCGGCGCGGACGCGGCACCCGCGCGGGACGACGCGCAGCGCACGCUCGCCGCGGCGGCGGCCGCCGCGGCGGCCGACAGGGGCGCGGCGGCGGGCGCGGGGGACUCGCAGAACGGCACUGGCGUGGCCGUGUUGGUGCAGCAGGCGCCAGCUGGCGGCAGCGCCAGCUCGCCGGCGUCAGAUGAUGUGGAGGGCAGGUGGCAGCUGCUGAGCCGCAAGAUCGGGAAGAGGAUCGGUCGCAUCCACAUGCACAGGCUGGCAGCUGCCCUGGCGGACAGCACGCCGCCGCCGUUGGCCGACGCGUCGGCAGCAGGUGUGGUUGGCGUCAGCCGCGUCGGCGGCGGCACAGAGGGCGACGGGGAGGACGGCGGCGGGGCGCCACAGGCGCAGGAGCCGGGGCAACGGGCAAGCCCAUCCCCGCUGCCGGCCGUGGACGGCGGCGCCGGGCGCAGCUGCCCGUCCCUCGACCUGCAGCUUCUGUCCCCCAUCGGCCAGGGCUCGUUUGGCACCGUGUGGCGCGGCCUGCUGCAGGGGCGCACCGAAGUGGCUGUCAAGCUGAUGCAGCUGCCAGGCCUGUCGGCCCUCGCACCCUCGGGCGCCAAGGCCGCCAGCAUCAGGGAGCGAAUGGUGGUGCAGGAGGCGGCCAUAGCCUCGGCCGUGGCCCACCCCCACGUGGUGUCAGUCUUCUCCGUCGGCCUGCGCCCCUGCCGGCCGCCGCAGCAGGAGCCCGCGCAGGGGGACGGCAGGCGGCAGCAGGCACCGGACCCCCCGGCGCCGGCAACCCCCGGGGCGGAGGGCGACGCGGUGCUCUGGCAGCUCACGAUCGUGAUGGAGUACUGCGACCAGGGCACCCUGCGGCAGGCCCUGGACCGGGGCCGCCUGAGGAACCCCCGCACAGGGCGCACCCACCUCCCCACCGCACUGGCGCUGGCAAAGGACGUAGCGGCCGCGCUGCAGUACCUCCACACCCAGCAGGUCAUUCACGGCGACAUCAAGGCGUCAAACGUGCUGCUGAAGACAGCCCCGCCCGCCCGCCGCGGCGGCGGCGGCGUCGUGGAUGGUGGCGGCGGUGGUGCAGCUGUGGCCAGCAGUGGCGCCAACCUGAUCCAGGGCGGCUGGACGAUUGCCAAGGUGGCGUGGGCACACGCCUAG